AAUAAUGCGUUCUAAGAAAAAAAAAAAAGAAUAGUACAUUAGAGUAGAGAAUAGAGAAAACUUCCCCAUCAUUAAAUUUUGCAACCCCAACCCCAACACACAUCAUUCCCCCAUCAAUAAAUCUCCAGUCUUCAUUUCUCCAUUUCUCCAUUUCUCAAAUACCUCCUCUCUUUAACUCUUAAUUAACUCCUCCAAUGGCGGCCACCACCACCACCGCCGCGAGAUCUGAAUCUGAAUCUAAAUCUGAAAACUCAGCCGCCGCGAAUGGAAAUGAAAACCCACAGAGCCGCCGUAAAAUAGCUCUGAUCACAGGAAUCACCGGACAAGACGGGUCAUACCUAACAGAAUUCCUGCUGGAGAAAGGGUACGAGGUACACGGACUGAUUCGCCGAUCAUCAAACUUCAACACACAGAGGAUCAACCACAUCUACAUCGACCCUCACAAUGCCAACAAGGCCCUCAUGAAGCUCCACUACGCCGACCUCACCGACGCCUCCUCCCUCCGCCGCUGGCUCGACACCAUCCUCCCCGACGAGGUCUACAACCUCGCCGCCCAAUCCCACGUCGCCGUCUCCUUCGAGAUCCCCGACUACACCGCCGACGUCGUCGCCACCGGCGCCCUCCGCCUCCUCGAGGCCGUCCGCUCCCACGUCUCCGCCUCCGGCCGCUCCCACAUCAAGUACUACCAGGCCGGAUCCUCCGAGAUGUUCGGAUCCACACCCCCGCCCCAGUCGGAGGCCACCCCCUUCCACCCCCGCUCCCCCUACGCCGCCUCCAAGGUCGCCGCCCACUGGUACACCGUCAACUACCGGGAGGCGUACGGCAUCUUCGCCUGCAACGGGAUCCUGUUCAACCACGAGUCCCCCAGGAGGGGUGAGAAUUUCGUGACCCGGAAGAUAACCCGGGCGGUGGGUCGAAUCAAGAUCGGGCUGCAGAGCAAGCUGUUCCUGGGGAAUCUUCAGGCGUCGAGGGACUGGGGUUUCGCGGGGGACUACGUGGAGGCAAUGUGGCUGAUGCUGCAGCAGGAGAAGGCGGACGAUUACGUGGUGGCCACUGAGGAAUCCCACACGGUGGAGGAGUUCUUGGUGAUGGCGUUCGGGUACGUGGGUCUUGAUUGGAGGGAGCAUGUGGUUAUAGAUAAGAGGUAUUUCAGGCCGACUGAGGUCGAUAAUCUGAAAGGGGACGCAAGCAAGGCGAGGGAGGUGCUGAAAUGGAAGCCCAAAGUAGGGUUUGAAGAACUGGUUAAGAUGAUGGUUGAUGAAGAUGUUGAAUUGGCUAAGAGAGAGAAAGUGCUUGUUGAUGCUGGUUACAUGGAUGCUCACCAGCAGCCUUGACCUCUUUUUCAUUCUUUUUUCUCUAUUUAUAAAAUGAAUUUCUUGAUUUAAUUGUUAGUGAUAGAAGAAGGUUGUACUGUGUUAUUACCACAAAAGGAAGGAAUUUUAUAGAGAGGAGGAGGGAGGGCAGAGCAUAAUAGUAUAAUGUGGUUGUUUUUAAUCAAUCACCACAUUGGUUGGUUUGUUGGUUGGUUGGUUGAUUAUAUAGUUUUAAGAAUUGGCUUCUUGUUUUUGCUGAGUUGAGUUGUAGCUUGCUUACUUGUUGGAUUUGAGGAGUAUCUUUUAUCUACUUUGAUGAUCAUGAGAGUUGUAUAAGUGAUCCCUUUGAAUCAUUCUCUACUCAAACUUUCCUUAAUAUGCUUCUUUCUUCA